GUUUGGUUCGACAGUAUAGUUCGGUGAAGUGGCUGAAAAGGCUCAAUUUGUGUGUGCAAUUGAAGAAUUCAAAAAAAGUGGAAAGAGAUAACGUUUUGGAAACGGUUGCACUUUGGUAGGGAAUCACCUAAGUGAAUUAUUACGUAUGGUAUCAGUGAAUCAUCCAUUGUUUAUAUUGCCAGUCCCCUUUACGAAUGUUAUCUGGAAUUCGAUCGUUUCCCUAUUUUCGAUAACAGAAAAUACCAUCCCGAGAAGAAUCAACAGCCCUUACUCCCAACAAUAUGACGUCAAGUGGACGAAAGUUCCUCCUGCUCCUGGAAAAGAAUUGGAUCCUCAUAAAGCGGAACUUUUUGCACGUGGUGCUUGAAAUGAACCUCCCGGUAAUAUGCUGUGCCGUUUUGCUGGUAGUUCGCAUUCUUGUUAAACCUGACCUCAUUUCAACGCCAACGACGUUUUCGCCACUAGCUACCGAUUCACUCAAUAACCGGAUUACACUCGUCAAUGGUGAAGAAGUCUUCUAUCAACUGGCCUAUUCUCCCCAGAAUGCUAUACUUGACCGAAUCAUGGCCGACGCAGCAGCUUUCCUCAACAUCACAGCAAUAGGAUUUCCCAAUGCCCAAGCUAUGGAGUCAACCCUCAUGGGCCUGAACCUUUUAUGUGGAGUGGAGUUCGAUAACUCUCUAGCGAACGCAACUAUCCUUCCGGAAAAGUUAACCUUCGCGUUGCGCUUUCCCGGAGAGCUCCGUUUCGGCAGUGGCCUACUCGCGGAUUGGCAAACGAGCCUGCUGAUGGUGCCAUUUACGUCGCAUCUUCGUGAGCCCUCCUCUGUUGACGGCGGAUCGCCCAGCUACUUUUCCGAGUAUUUUCUUUCCGUGCAGACCGCAGUAUCCAAGGCUAUCAUUAGGGAGCGCAAUCCAUCGGUGGACAUUCCACCCGUUUUCGUUCAGCGGUUCCCAUACCCACCGUACCAUGAUGAUCCGCUCUUGCAAGCCUUGGAACUGUUGCUGUCGACGGUCAUAGUGCUAUCGUUCUUGUAUACGUGCAUCGUGAUGGUGAAGCACAUCGCCGUAGAGAAGGAACGACAGCUGAAGGAAGCGAUGAAGCUCAUGGGAUUACCGAACUGGAUGCACUGGGCUGCGUGGUUCGUUAGGAACCUUUUGCUGAUGGUGCUUACGAUAUCGAAGAUUACGCUGGUGUUUUGCGUCCCCGUCGUUGAUGCCGCCAUACUUGAGUACUCGGGCUGGACCGUUAUUUGGUUCUUCCUGUUCGUCUACGGCAUCUCCAUAAUCUGCUUCAGCUUCAUGAUGAGUGUCUUCUUCAAAAAAGCUAACAUCGCCGCCGGUAUCGCUGGGUUGAUGUGGUUGGUGUUCGCGAUGCCGUACAACUUGACCGCGCAGAAUUACGACAGCGUAGGAACCGCAACCAAGGUAGGUCUGAGCUUGUUCUUCAACAGUGCCAUGUCGUACGGAUUGAAGAGCACACUCCGAUUGGAGGCGAACCAAGUAGGACUGCAGUGGAGCAAUCUGUUCACCCCGGCCACGAUCGACGAUGGGUUCAGCGUGGGCUUAGCAAUCGUAAUGCUACUGGUGGAUGCCGUCAUAUAUCUGGCGAUUGCUUUGUACAUCGAACAAAUAAUGCCGGGUGAGUUCGGAGUGGCAAAGCCGUGGAAUUUUCUGUUCAAGAUCGAGUUUUGGACAAAACGUGCUCCCAAGGAGAAAGAUGUUGCUCUUAAGCUGCUUGAGAGACAGCAAUCGAAAUUCUUUGAAGAGGAACCGAACUCAACACGCGCAGGAAUUCAAACGGUGAACCUUCGAAAAGUGUUCAGUGGAAAUAAGGUGGCGGUCGAAGGGCUGAAUGUUAAAAUGUACGAAGAUCAAAUCACGGUUCUGCUCGGACACAAUGGAGCAGGCAAGACCACAACCAUGUCCAUGUUGACGGGCAUGUUUUCGCCAACUUCCGGUACUGCGUACGUCAAUGGACAUGACAUUCGAAGCGAUAUUGAAGGUGCCCGGCAAUCGCUAGGGCUGUGUCUGCAGCAUAAUGUCUUGUUCGAUGACAUGACCGUCAGUGAACAUCUGAAGUUCUUUGGAAGAUUGAAAGGAGUAUCGAAUGCAGCCAUAAACAGUGAAAUAGACAGAUAUUUGAAAUUGUUGGAGUUAGAGGACAAGGCAAAUGCUCAAUCACAUACACUUUCCGGGGGUAUGAAGCGAAAACUCGCUGUUGGAAUUGCUCUAUGCGGAGGUUCUAAGGUCGUACUAUUGGAUGAACCAACAUCAGGGAUGGAUCCAUCGGCACGAAGAGCGCUUUGGGAUUUGCUGCAGAAGGAAAAGAAGGACCGUACAAUGCUGCUGUCUACGCAUUUCAUGGACGAGGCAGACGUUCUGGGUGAUCGCAUUGCGAUAAUGGCCGACGGAGUACUGAAAACUGUUGGAUCUCCUUUCUUUUUGAAAAAGACAUUUGGCGUUGGGUACAGACUCAUUUGCGUUAAAGGAGCUGACUGCAAUAAGGAGUUACUGUGUCAGAUUUUGAGCACAUAUAUUCCAGAUGUACGCGUCGAGACCGAUAUUGGUUCUGAGUUAUCGUUUGUGUUGGAAGAAAGCUACAUCGGAUCUUUCCAUAAGAUGUUGGAAGAGCUGGAGAAUCGAAUGACGGAAUGCGAUGUGUCCAGCUUUGGAAUAUCUUCAACUACGAUGGAGGAAGUAUUUUUGAAAGCUGGUAGUGACACAUUUAUCGAAAGUGAUCACUCCAACGAAAUUUCUAUUGAAAAGACCAAUGAUAAUGAUAUUUUGGACAAUGUCAAUUUGCUAACUGGAACUGCCCUGCUAUUGAGUCAAACCAAGGGUCAAUUUUUGAAGAAAAUGCUGACUUCCAUUCGAUCGUGGGGAUCGCUUCUCAUUCAGAACGUUGUUCCAAUUUUAUUUGUCGUCAUAUCUUUCAUAAUCGUUCAAAGUUAUUCGGCAGGCCAAGACCUGCCGUCAUUGGAAAUCUCUUUAAAUUCGUAUGAAGAAACAGUAACAAUUCUUGACGGCGAUUCUACAAGCGCCACAACUAGGGCCUACCAGAACUUAUUCAGCGGUCUUGAGGGAUCUCAUCAACUGAUAACCGUUCCGAACACUGUGCCAGAAUUCAUUCUAGAAAAAUCCCUGGCGGCAAUUUCCGAAGUGAACACACGAUAUCUCUUUGGAGCCACCCUCAACGACACAGCCUACACCGGUUGGUUCAACAACAAAGGCUAUCACACCGCGCCCCUGGCCCUGUCACUGAUCUACAACGCGGUUCUACAUCCCGAAUGUCCAAACUGCAAGAUAACCGUAAUCAACAAACCGCUGCCAUUCCAGUUAGACACCACGCUAGCCAACAUCAACACCGGAAUGAACGCAGGAUUUCAGCUAGCCUUCAAUACUGGCUUUGCAAUGGCUUUCGUCGGUGCUCUGUUCGUUCUGUUCUACAUCCGCGAGCGAACUUCCCGUGCCAAACUACUGCAAUAUGUCAGCGGAACCAACAUCGCUCUUUAUUGGGGCGUUGCCUUCGUUUGGGACUAUCUCAUGUAUUUGGUAACUUGUCUGCUGUACAUUGCGACCCUUGCCAUCUUCCAGGAAGAAGGUUGGGCCUCCUUCACAGAACUGGGUCGCGUAUUUCUGCUGUUGAUGCUGUUUGGAAUUGCAUUCCUUCCUAGCACAUAUCUGAUUUCAUUUUUGUUUGCGGUACCGGCAACAGGAUUCGUCGUUGUCUUACUGAUCAACAUUGUUUCCGGAGCCAUACUCUUCAUCGUUGUUGUUUUUCUCAAGUUCGACGGCAUCGAACAGAAUGGCGUUGGAAAUGUCCUGGAAUGGGUUUUCAUGAUCUUCCCGAACUUUGCAUUAAUGCAUGGUCUGAACAACAUCAACCAGAUCACCAGUCUUAAUGCAUUUUGCGAAAAGCAGUGCAGCCUGAUCGAUAAUUGCAUUAUGGACAAUAUCUGUGCGCUGAACUCAAGAUGUUGCGUGCCAGACGUGUUCUCUUUCGACGAACUUGGCCUCAAUCGCAAUCUCUUAUUCCUUGCCUUCAUCGGAUGUUCUUCGUUUCUAGUAAUUUUGGCAUUUGAAUACCGCUGGAUUCACCGACUCAUCAACGUUGUGUACAAACGUAAGCUCCCGUUGUCGCCUGCCGCAGUGGAUGAAGAUUCGGAUGUUUGCACGGAAAAGGCACGUCUUCAAGCAAUGACACCAACUGAACGGAAUCAGUACAAUUUGGUUAUCAAGGGUUUGACCAAGUACUACGGAAGCUACCAAGCGGUGAAUAAUCUUUCGGUGGCGAUCGAUCGGUCAGAGUGCUUCGGAUUGUUGGGAGUCAACGGUGCAGGGAAGACAUCCACAUUCAAGAUUAUGACCGGCGAUGAGAGUUUCUCCUCCGGAGAAGCUUGGGUCAAAGGGGUUAGUUUGGUUACCAAUAUGAGCGCGGUAUACCAGAAAAUCGGUUACUGUCCGCAAUUCGAUGCUCUCCAUGAAGACUUGACAGGACGGGAAACGUUGAACAUUUAUGCACUGUUGCGAGGCGUUCGCCACGAGAACAUCAAGAAUGUAUCGCUGACAUUGGCGGAGGAUUUGAAUUUCCUUAAACACAUCGACAAGAAAACAAAGGAAUACAGCGGAGGAAACAAACGCAAGUUGAGUACGGCGUUGGCCUUGAUGGGCAAUCCGUCGGUGGUUUAUUUGGACGAACCAUCGACUGGCAUGGACCCGGGAGCGAAGCGUCAAUUCUGGAACAUGAUCUGCAAGGUGCGCAGUUCAGGAAAGUCGAUCGUGCUGACGUCGCACAGCAUGGAGGAAUGCGAAGCAUUGUGCACCCGGCUGGCGAUUAUGGUCAACGGGGAGUUCAAGUGUUUGGGCUCGACUCAGCACUUGAAGAACAAAUUCUCCAAGGGAUUCCUGUUGACCAUAAAGGUGAAAAGGACGGAGAUUGCCGAGGAGCAGAUGGAAAAUGUUGGAAGGGUGAAAUCGUUUAUUACGAGCCAGUUCAACGGAGCUGACUUAAAGGAGGAGUAUCAAGAUUCGCUGAGCUUCCACGUACCACAGACGGAUCUCAAGUGGUCGACGAUGUUCGGUAUGAUGGAGUCCAACAAGGAGCAGCUGGGUAUUGAAGACUACGCGCUGGGACAGACUUCGUUGGAGCAAGUGUUUUUGUUCUUCACGAAGAACCAACGAACUGCCUGAACAGGAAUGGUAAUGAGAUUUAUUAUGCCUCUGUAUUUAUUUCGAUUCGAUUCGAUUUCGAUUCGUUUUGCGCUGCCAAAAUAUGACACAAAUAUGAAUGCAUUAGAUCUUUAAAAAAAACCCCAAUAGGGUGGAACGGUUAGGCACACAUUGGGCGAUAUUGGCCAGAGUAACACUUGCCAUUAAACCACUAACCACAAUGUAUCUCCUGCUGAAAAUUUUGAUAUCGUUUCAUUUAAAGUAAAUAUAGUUGAAAAU